GGGGGAUCUGCCUUUUCUCGAAGGGGAACUCCUCCUCGCCGUCCCGGCACACCGCCACCAGCCGCGCCAUCGCUGCUGCUGCUGCCGCUUCCUCCCCGCUCCAGCCUGCGGGCGGCCCCGGCCGGAGUGUGAUUUGAAUGAAGUACCCUAAAGUGAAGGCCCUCUCCAGUGUUCCCAUCCACAGGCCUGGACAAGAUGCCAAAGCAGGAAAAUGGCCAAAGGGAAGGUUCUCUCAUCCAGAAUGACCUCAGUGAAUCAUUUGAAGAAGAAGUUGGAGCUUUCCUCGGUGAUGAAGAGAAACUGCAUCUCUUUGACGACCUCACCAAAGUGAACCCGGUGACCACCAGGACAGUUCUGAAAUGUCUUCAAGCAAGAUACAGAGCCAACCUGUUCUACACAAAUGCUGGCUGCAGCCUGGUGGCUUUAAAUCCUUUCCAGCCUUUCUCCUGCCUCUACUCACCCGAGCUCAUGAGGGAGUACCACGUUGCACUUUGUCCUCAGGAUUUAAAACCUCACAUCUUUGCAGUGGCCGAGCAAACCUACAGGAAUGUCCAAAAGCAGAUGGACCCUGUGAACCAGUCCAUCAUUGUGAGUGGAGAAAGUGGUGCUGGGAAGACCUGGACCUCUCGCUGCCUUAUGAAGUUCUAUGCCUCUGUUGCUGCCUCAGGUCUCUCCCCAAAAGGCAACGAGACUGUGGAAAGGAUAGAGAAGAGAGUGCUGGAUUCCAACCCUGUCAUGGAAGCAUUUGGGAACGCCUGCACCCUGCGGAAUAACAACAGCAGCAGGUUUGGGAAAUACAUCCAGCUCCAGCUAGACAGAUUCCAUCAUCUGACUGGUGCUUCCAUCCAGACUUUCCUUCUGGAGAAAACAAGAGUUGCCUAUCAGGCCCCCAAUGAAAGAAACUUCCAUAUUUUUUAUCAGAUCACAAAAGGUGCCACUGCAGAGGAGAGGCUGGAGUGGAACCUUCCAGAAGGGGCUGAGUACCGCUGGCUGCCAAAUGCUGAAAGAAACUUAGAUGAGGACUGCUUCGAGGUGACCAGAGGGGCAAUGUUCCACCUGGGCAUCGGCCGUGCCACGCAGAGCAAUAUUUUCAAGGUGUUGUCAGGCCUUCUGCACCUUGGGAAUGUUCAAUUCUCUAAUCCACUGGAUGAAUCUCAGCCUUGUGAACUGGAAGACAAAACCAAAGAGUUUGUGAAGACCACAGGGGAUCUGCUCCAGAUUCCCGCAGAGGAGCUCCUGGAAUCUUUAAGGAUUCGAACAAUCACUGCUGGGAAGCAGCAGCAAGUGUUCAAGAAGCCUUGCUCCAGAGCUGAGUGUGAGACCAGGAGGGACUGCCUGGCCAAAGUCAUCUAUGCCAGGUUGUUUGAGUGGCUGGUUGUGGUCAUAAAUGAAAACAUCUACACAGAUCCCUCAGGGUGGACCAGCUUCAUAGGUAUGGAUAUCCCACCCUGGGUUAACUCAGGGGCCAGCAGCCCUCCAAGCUGCUCCAGAACUGAAGCUGCCUGUGCUCCCACAUUCCUCCCAGGUUUGUUGGAUGUUUAUGGGUUUGAAGCCUUCCCCGAAAACAACUUGGAGCAGCUCUGUAUUAAUUAUGCCAACGAGAAACUGCAGCAGCACUUUGUAGCUCACUACCUGAAGGCACAGCAGGAAGAAUAUGCAGCUGAAGGCCUGCAGUGGUCAUUCAUAAACUACCAGGAUAACCAGAACUGCCUUGAUCUGAUAGAGGGAAAUCCUCUCAGCAUUUUUUCCUUGCUGAAUGAGGAGUGUCGUCUGAACAGACCCUCCAACACUGACCUCUUCCAAACCAGGAUUGAGAAAGCCUUGUCCAGUAAUCAGUGUUUAAGUCGAGAUAAGUUUAGCAAGAAGCCCAACUUUAUCAUUUCACAUUAUGCUGGCAAAGUCUGCUAUCAGCUGGCAGCGAUGGUGGAGAAAAAUAAGGAUGCUGUUCCACCAGAACUGGUCCACGUUUUGCAGAACUCAAAGGACCCUUUGCUUCAAAAAUUGUUUCCCGUGACAGAAAAGAACCAAAAUGACACCAAAACCCAGAACAAAGCAGCUGUUGUUACAGUGGUGUCCAAGUUCAAGAGCUCCCUGGAACAUCUGAUGGAGAUUUUGAGCAGAACCACUCCCCAUUACAUCCGCUGCAUCAAGCCCAACGCUGACUGCAAGGCCAUGACUUUCAGAAGAGAAGAGGUUCUCAGCCAGCUCCAGGCCUGUGGAAUAGUGGAAGCCAUCAGCAUCAGCGCAGCAGGUUUCCCAGUCAGGAUCCCCUUCCAAAGUUUCACUGAGCGCUACGAGCUACUGAGAAAAUCCUGGGGCUCCAGUAAAAAGAGAGUGUGGGAUAAAAGCAGCUCCCAUCCUGCUGAGAAGAAAGGUGAGACUCCAGUGCUGGAUGAUGACAAAGCACCACGUGCUGCUGUUCUGGAGAUCCUUCAGGAUGCUGUUAGGGGACAAACCCCUGCUCAGGAAACGGGGAAUGGAGCAGAAAUCCCCUUGGUCUACUGUGGCAAAACCAAAGUGUUCCUGGCCAAUUCCAUGCUGGAGCUCCUGGAAGCCAGGAGAACAGAGGUGUUAAAUGAGAAGGCAUUUUGCAUCCAGUGCUGCUGGAGAAGAUUUAAAGAGAAGAAAACAGCAAAGGAGAAACGCUCUGCAACUCUCAUCCAAGCAGCUGUUCGCUCCUGGCUAGCCAAGAAUCGCUUCCGGAGGAUGCGCAGGGCUGCCGGUGUCAUCCAGCGUGGCUGGAGGAGAUGGAAAGUGAAAGCCGCGUUGGCAGCAGCUGAGCUGGACGAGGGGGAAGGAAAGGAGCUCCCAGCUCCUGGAGCUACCUUGGCCAAACCUCCCUGUUCUUUGGACACAACGUGGCCUCUGCAGGCAAUUGUCCAGUUCUGGCCCCUGGGCCUGGUGCUGGCUGCUGCCCCCGUCAGUGCCACGGGGCCCCGGCGGGCGCUGGCGCUGCUCAGCUGCCUCAGGGGGCUGCAGGAGGGCUCCAGGGGGGCCCUGGGCUGUGGCAUCGCCUCCAUCAGAGCCCUCCCACAGGGCUCUGUCAGGUUCCACUGCAGGAAGUCCCCCCUGCAUUUCGCCAACGUCAGCCCCCGCACGGAGGCGUUUUCCAUCACGGGCUUCAACCAGAUCCUGCUGGACAGAAAGGAACUCGUGCCCACAUAGCUGUGCCCCCCUGGCCUUGGCCUCCAGGGAGGGCUCUCUGCAAGCUGCUGCUUCCAAAUCAACGUCCACUUCUGCUGCUACCUCAGAGCUUCCACGGCGCUGCCUCGUAGGCCCAAGGUGAUGGGACGGAACACACAUCGUAACACACAUGAAAUUAAAUCUGGAGUGUGUAGGGGCAGCUCCUCCUCCCCCACACGUUACAGGAAAUGUCAGCACUAGGGAACAAAUCAAUUCACACAGAUCAGGUGCUUGAAGCAAUGAAUACUUGAACUGAAUGCUGCUGGCACUGCCUGCACGAGCCAGAGGCUGCUCGUGAGAGAGCAGAUAAUGCAGAUAAAUAUUCCUGAUUCCCGCUGGAUUCUCAGAGGUGCAACCGUCCUGGCUGACCACGAGUGUGCCCAAGGGAGUGAGGAGCAGCCAGCUGCAGCACUAAGGGCAGAUGUCUCAGGGAAGAGCAAGACUGGGCUCUUGCUUUUAUCUACAGAACCAAAAUUUGUGAUCUCUCACAGCUGCCAGGCGCCUGCAGAGCUCCCCAAACGGCACCACCCUGCCCAGGGCUGCUCUGUACCCUCCCUCUGCUGCUCGUGGAUCUUGAAAAUGUUCAGCUGCUCUGUGUAUGUCAUUUAAAAUAAACUGCUCAAUGCCUUGUCAAGGUGUCUGACCCUUCCCAACAGCCCUCAGUGAACAAAAACAUUUCAGAGUA